GUAAAUAUAAAACGUACAAGCAUAUUAAUGUAUAAAUAUAUAAAAUAAAUACUUAUGACUUUUCUCGAUUCUAAAAAAGUACUUUGUUUUUCCUAACAAUGAUUGCCGAAAUUGCCAUGAUUUUAGUUGUUACACAAGCAAAUUAUUUUGUGCAAGGAAACACUUGCCUUGCUGAUAUACAUAUAGGAUGGAAAAACACCCCACCAUACAUCUACCAUACCGGAAACUACAAUGUAACUGGUAUAUUACUACAUUCUAUUCAAAAAGCCUUCAAAAAAUGCUGUAAUAACAAACCUAACUUGAUUUUAAAGCAAACGUCAAAAAGCAUUUACACUCAGCAAACAAACGAAAACUUUGACAUGUUUAUACCUCUUGUUAUUACAGAAAAAGAAAAGCGUUUUGCUGAUUUUUUUGUUUACGUAGUUGAUUCUCCUGGAUCAGUGUUAAUUAAUUUUCAACAAAACAAAUCAAGAAAUGUAAUUUCAUAUGCAUUAAAACAAACUUUGCCAGUACUUUUUUUUAUUGCAUUGCUUAUUUGUGAAAUUGGUGUGGUGUACUGGAUGGUGCUAAUAAACCCAAAAAAAAAAGAUGUUGAAAGGUCGUUUCAUAAUAUUUUAGUUGAGGUAAUUGAUGGUGUGUGGUGGGCUUUUCUAACAUUUACAACAAUUAGGUCUAAUAUGACACCAACUCGUCUUGUUGAUAAAAUCCUGUCUAGAUUGUUAUUGGUUACUCGAAUUGUUCUAACAAUCUUUUUUGUUGGUCUUAUGACAAAUUCAAUUGUCGAGACGUUUACAAAUAAAAAGCUUGAUAUUUUUGGAAAAAAGAUAGCAGUUAUUGAUGGCUCAUUAGAACAAAAGUACGUUGUAAAUAAUGGCGGUUAUGCAAUAGGUUUCAUUGGUAUUGACCAUUUUUUAAACUAUAUGGAUGGAAGUUUUGAUAUUGAUGGAGGAUUGUUUGAUCUGUAUUCCGUUAGUUACUAUGGCGACAAAUUAAGAAACUAUCACCGCAAAUAUUUGAUUGACGAAGAAAAUAAAAGUUAUGGAGUUUAUUUAUACCCCAGCAUUUUUGCUUAUAAAUUGUGUCUAACAAAAUAUUUCUUAGAAAAUGUUGAUGAAACACAGAUUGCUUUAAAAAAUCAGCUUAAAGCUAUAAAGAACUUUAAAUUCUACAGUCCAGAAACAAUGUCAAAAAGAGUUUUAGAUGAUUUAAUUACAACAAAAAUGACAGUAUCGUUGAGCGUUAUUGUUAUUAUCGUUUUCGUUUGUGGUUGUUUGAGAAAGUAUAUUAUUUUAAUGAAGAACAAGAGAAAUUAUGUAGGAGCUGCUUAUGAUUCAAUUAACAACUUUGUCAUGUUGCACACUGUAAAAACCGACCACCAAUAUGUAUUAAAGGAAAACAUGAAAAAAAUGCAAAACGACCUCCAAGUUUUACAAGCGUAUUUUGAACAUGUCACAGAAAGUCUUCAAAGCAAACUACACAUUACAGAUAAUUUAUUUCGUGCAAAUAUCCCAAUCCCUUAUGAAAGAUUAAAUGAUAUUGAUGAAGAAUAAUUAACUUCAAAAGAAAAUGGCAACAGCUAUGAUCAUAAUUAUUUUUUAUACAUGAUUUUAUUCAAUAAUUUUUAUAGAAGAUAAAUAUUUGUCUUUUUUUUUUCUUUUUUUUUUUCUUUUCAAUUUUUAAUUUUUUGAAUAAUUCUUCCUCUUCCUUACAUCUAUCUAGCUUUUAACACUCUCUUAUAAGUAGUUUUUUUUAUAAGUAGUUGAUAUUAGAAUUUUUUUAAC